AUGUCAGACGCAUUUUCUCCGAUUCCGGCCGCUCUUCAUCGCAAUCUUUCCGAUAAACUCUAUGAGAAGCGGAAAAAUGCAGCGCUUGAGAUUGAGGGUAUUGUGAAGAAUUUAACUUCUGCUGGUGACCAUGACAAGAUCUCGAAAGUCAUUGAGGUGUUGAUUAAGGAAUUUGCCAAAUCCCCUCAAGCAAAUCAUCGAAAGGGUGGACUUAUUGGCUUAGCUGCUGUAACAGUUGGUUUGUCUUCAGAAGCUGCUCAAUAUCUUGAGCAAAUAGUGCCACCUGUGAUUAACUCCUUUUCUGAUCAAGAUAGCCGAGUUCGGUACUAUGCAUGCGAAGCUCUCUAUAAUAUUGCAAAGGUUGUGAGAGGCGAGUUCAUUAUUUUCUUCAAUCAGAUUUUUGAUGCUUUAUGCAAGCUCUCAGCAGAUUCUGAUGCCAAUGUCCAAAGUGCUGCUCAUCUUUUGGAUCGCCUUGUUAAGGAUAUUGUGACGGAAAGUGAUCAGUUCAGUAUUGAGGAGUUCAUACCUCUGUUAAAAGAACGCAUGAACGUUUUAAACCCUUAUGUUCGACAAUUUCUGGUAGGAUGGAUCACUGUUCUUGACAGUGUUCCAGACAUUGAUAUGCUUGGGUUUCUGCCCGACUUUCUCGAUGGGUUAUUCAAUAUGUUGAGCGACUCUAGUCAUGAAAUUCGACAACAGGCUGAUUCAGCUCUUUCAGAGUUUCUUCAAGAGAUAAAAAAUUCACCAUCUGUAGAUUAUGGUCGCAUGGCUGAAAUACUGGUGCAGAGGGCUGCUUCUCCUGAUGAAUUCACUCGAUUAACAGCCAUCACGUGGAUAAACGAGUUUGUAAAACUCGGGGGUGAUCAGCUCGUGCGUUACUAUGCUGAUAUUCUUGGAGCUAUCUUGCCUUGCAUAUCUGACAAAGAGGAAAAAAUCAGGGUGGUUGCUCGUGAAACCAACGAAGAACUGCGUACAAUCCAUGUUGAACCAUCAGAUGGUUUCGAUGUUGGCGCAAUUCUCUCUGUAGCAAGGAGACAGCUAUCAAGUGAUUUUGAGGCUACUCGAAUUGAAGCAUUGAAUUGGAUAUCAACACUUUUAAACAAGCACCGUACCGAGGUCCUGUGCUUCCUGAACGACAUAUUUGACACCCUUUUAAAAGCAUUAUCUGAUUCUUCUGAUGACGUGGUGCUCUUGGUUCUGGAGGUUCACGCUGGUGUAGCAAAAGAUCCACAGCACUUUCGCCAGCUCAUCGUCUUUCUAGUCCACAAUUUCCGAGCUGAUAAUUCUUUGUUGGAAAGGCGUGGUGCCCUUAUCGUCCGGAGAUUGUGUGUCCUUCUGGACGCUGAAAGAGUGUACCGAGAGCUCUCUACUAUACUCGAGGGAGAAGAUAAUCUUGACUUUGCUUCUACCAUGGUUCAGGCAUUGAAUUUGAUUUUGCUUACUUCCCCUGAAUUAUCAAAACUAAGAGAUCUUUUGAAAGGUUCACUCGUCAAUCGCGAAGGGAAAGAACUUUUGGUUGCCUUGUACGCUUCAUGGUGCCAUUCACCCAUGGCAAUCAUAAGCCUCUGCUUAUUAGCUCAGGCUUACCAGCACGCGAGUGUGGUGAUUCAAUCAUUGGUAGAAGAAGACAUUAACGUCAAAUUUCUUGUACAGCUUGAUAAAUUGAUCCGGCUUCUCGAAACUCCAAUCUUUACGUACCUUAGAUUGCAGCUUCUUGAACCAGGAAGAUACACAUGGUUGUUGAAAACACUGUAUGGUCUUCUAAUGUUACUUCCUCAGCAAAGUGCGGCGUUUAAGAUACUUCGGACAAGGCUUAAAACCGUGCCAACAUACUCUUUCAGCGGUGGAGACCAACAAAUAAGCAGAGCAUCCUCAGUGCCUUUCUCUCAGUACAUGCAUCAUCACGAGGACGGUGACAGAAAAGAAGAUAAUAAUAUCAACAAUUCUCACCAAGGAAUCAAUUUUGAUGCGCGGCUACAACAGUUCGAGAACGUACAGAAUCAGCACCGUGGCCUUGCAAGGACUAAAGUGAACUACUCUUAUAGCAGCUCAUCUUCCUCUACCUCAAAGGAGGUUAGGAGAUCGGAAGAACAACAACAACAACAGCAGCAGCAACAACAACAACAACAGCAGCGACCACCACCUUCCUCGACAUCAUCAUCAGUCGGAGACAACAAUCGACCUCCAUCAAGAUCCUCAAGAAAAGGCCCUGGUCAAUUACAGCUUUAA